AUGGCGAGUAGCAGUGGCGCUGGGGCGGCGGCGGCGAAUCUGAAUGCGGUGAGGGAGACCAUGGACGUUCUGCUUGAGAUUUCAAGAAUUUUGAAUACUGGAUUAGAUAUGGAAACUCUGUCUAUAUGUGUACGGCUCUGUGAGCAAGGAAUUAACCCAGAAGCUCUAUCAUCAGUUAUUAAGGAACUUCGCAAGGCUGCUGAAGCAUUAAAGGCUGCUGAAAAUAUGACAAGCUGA